AGGCCCAAAAUUAGGGCCCCUAAACAUUGUAAGUUAGUAUACUACCCUAGGAGUCUUUUGGGCCCAAAAUUUGUACCCAAAGUUAACUUAAAAGAGUGAGGCCCCAUUUUAAAACAAGGCCCAAAAUAUUUUUUUAGCCCCAAUCUGGAAAUUCUGCGACAAACAACUCUUGAAAGGAAAAAAAAAAAGAAAAGAAAAAGAAAACACUAGAACCACAAAUAGAAAAGCCAAGUCGGCUCAGCCUCUAGUCUCACGGGAGAGAAUUGAAAUCUGAAAUUUGAAAACCCCAGGUCCCCAACGUCGGCUUCUCAAGUUCUCCAAUCCUCUCGGCUUUCUGCUGCUCUCACCUUCUCCAAUUCUCUAGUCCUCUGGUCUCAGAGUCACAGCAGAGCUGCAGAGAAUUGAAAUGUGAAAUUUGCCCUUGAAGAAUGAAGAGCCAGAAGGGGUAAAAACGUGAAUCGGCGGCCACUCGGCAAGAAGAAAUCUACCAGAGUACAAGGUAUGCUUUUUUCGUUUUCCAGUUGAGAACUAUUUGUUUAAUUUCUCGAAAAUAGGCUAAAGCCAUGCAGUGAAUUGGCAUAAAAUAGGAUAAAAUAUGUUAGAGUUGUGAUUUGUGAUAAAAUAUGUUUAUGUUGGAUAAAAUAUGUUGGAUUUGUGAAUCGGCAGUGGAUUUGUGAUUUGUGAUAUGUGGGAGUUGUGAUUUGUGUUUAUGUGUAUUCACUGUUUCGGCUCUCUGCUUUUUUCUUUUGUAAUUUGUGAUUUUGUGGAGUUGUGCUCUUGUUUUUUAUUCCUUUAGAAUAAAAUAUGUUGGAAUGUGGUGGUGCAUAUAGAAUAAAAUAGGCAUAUAUGAGAGUUCAUUGAUAACCUAACAUUGUACAUCUUAGUCUAAUAAAAAAAGUAUGUUACAUGAUUAAUACCUCUCUUUUUUCCCUUUUACCCCAGCUUAUCAUGAAGCUUAAAAGAUGUUACCUGUCUGGAUAUGAAAAGAGAAAAAAGAAGCAAAGAGUCGAAAAAUUACUCCAAUCUCAAACAGGGGCUAUUGAUAAAUUCGUUACGACUGGUAAAUCGAUUGAACAUUCUGUUGAAGACUUGGAAAAUAAAGAAGAUGAAGGUUUGGUGAAUAAUGAAAAUGAAAAUUUGGUGAAUGAAGAAGUUGAAAGUUUGGUAAAUAACGAAAACUUGGUGAAUGAAGAAGGAAAUGAGAAUUUAGGGAGUGGAGAAGCCAAUCAAGAUGAGGAGAUGAAUGUUGAAUGUGAACCUUUGAAUAUUGAUGAUCCGGGUAAUUGGAAAAAUAUUGAUCAAAAUUUACGAGAUUUAUUAGUAGAGAGAGGUCCUGUGAGAAGAGAUUGCGACGUCAACUUCCCUAAGAAUAAUUUGCCUUUUCGUGGAAGCCAUGAGAAGAUUUAUGAAGAGAGCAAUGGAGUUUUUUUAAGCACAGUUGAAAUGAUUGCUGAGUUUGAACCAACAAUGCAAGAGCACUUGCGGCGGAUAGAAAAGGGUGAGAUUCAUUACCAUUAUUUGAGUCACAAAAUUCAACAUGAAUGGAUACAAUUGUUGGCCGGGGAAGUCAAAACUGCAAUUGUGUCAAGAAUCAAACAAGUGAGAUAUUUUUCAGUCAUACUUGAUUGUACUCCGGAUGUAAGCCAUCAAGAACAAAUGUCUCUUGUUUUGCGAUGUGUGGAUGUUUCAACGAGUCCAAUUAUGGUAAAAGAGUUUUUUUUUGGAAUUCUUGAAGGUGGAUGAUACAACAGGAAUGGGACUUUUUGGUGAACUUCAAGAAGCGUUAGUUAGCCUUGAACUUGAUAUUGGUGACUUAAGAGGACAAGGAUAUGACAAUGGUUCUAACAUGAAAGGAAAAAACAAAGGCGUUCAAACAAGAGUACUUGAGCUUAAUCCUAGAGCAUUCUAUACGCCAUGUGGUUGUCAUAAUCUCAAUCUUGUGCUUUGUGAUAUAGCCAACUCUUCCUCUAAAGCAAAAACUUUCUUUGGUGUGGUACAACGGAUAUAUGUUUUGUUUUCAUCUUCCGUUCAACGAUGGGCUAUUUGAAAGAUAAUGUGGAAGGUUUCACCGUUAAGCAAUUGUCACAAACACGUUGGGAAAGUUGCAUUGAAAGUGUUAAACCACUAAGGUAUCAUGCUCCACAAAUAAGAGAUGCUUUAGUUAUCUUGGCAAAUACUACCACAGAGGCGAUGGGAAAGAGUGAAGCUAAGUCCUUAGUUACUCAUGAACUUGAGAUUUUGAGUUAUUGUUUUGCAUUGCUGCUUGGUACAAUUUGUUGUUUGCUGUUAACUCCGUUAGCAAGCUCCUUCAAAGUGAAGAUAUGGAUAUAGAUGUUGCUGUAAAGCAAUUGAAAGGACUUAUUACCUAUUUUGAAAGGUAUAGAGAAAUUGGUUCGUGGAGGCAAUGGUUGAAGCUAAAGAAAUGGCAAGUGAAAUGAAAGUUGAACCUUCAUUUGUUAAAAAGCGCAUUAUUUGUAGAAAGAAACAAUUUGACGAGGAUGUUAGUGAAGAAGUGACCCAAUCGGUUGAAGAAUCCUUCAGAGUUAAUUACUUCUUGUAUAUAGUUGACAAAGGUCUUUUGUCACUCAAGAAUAGGUUUGAGCAAUUUAAAGUAUAUGAAGCAAACUUUGGCUUUUUGUUUAACUUGAAAAAGACCAACGAUGAAUCUUUGAAGACUUGCUGUGAGAACCUUGAAAGGUUUUUAAAACAUGGUGGGGUUUCAGAUAUUGAUGGAAGAGAGUUAUCCUUGGAGUUGAAAGUCUUGAAAGAUGGAUUGCCAAAGGAAGUCAACAAACCAAUUGAAGUGCUCAAUCAUUUGAAGACUAUGGACAAUUGUUUUCCAAAUUCAUGGAUUGCUUAUAGAAUACUUUUGACUAUUCUGGUUACAGUUGCAUCGGGG